GGCAUCUCGCUGGAGGAACUUCACCAGACGCUUAUGGGAGGCAACCUGGACGCCAAGGAGAUUGCUCGUGCUAAAGAUGGGCAGGCCAUGAACUUCCCCGAUGGCAUUGCAGAGUGUGGCACAGAUGCACUGCGCUUUGCGCUCGUGGCGUACACAUCCCAAGCGAGGGACAUAAACCUGGACAUCAAGCGCGUGGUGGCCUAUCGGCACUGGUGCAACAAGCUGUGGAACGCGAUCAAGUUUGCCAUGAUCAACCUUCCUGAGGAUUUCACGCCGGCCACAACUCUAGACGUGAAAACAUUCCCAAUGGCAAGUCGGUGGAUCCUCAGCCGACUGAGCUGUACGACCAAAUCUGCCGUCGCCAAGCUGGAGGCUUACGACUUCGGGCCCUCCACCCAGGUGAUCUACUCCUUCUGGCAGAACGACGUCUGCGACGUCUUCAUCGAGCUCAUGAAGCCGGUGAUGGCCCUCGACGAGGCCCUGGCCGAGAACUGCGAACGGAAGCGUGCAACACGGGAGGCCCUGUGGCUAUGCUUGGACACUGGCCUCCGCCUGCUGCACCCCUUCAUGCCGUUUGUCACUGAGGAGCUGUGGCAGAGGCUGCCCAGGCGGGAGGACCAAAAAUCCACGCCCUCCAUAAUGGUUGCUCCAUACCCUGUGGCGGAAGAUGCUUGGGUCGACCAGGAGCUGGAGUCGAACAUGGCAUACAUCGACUCAGUCGUCACGAGGACACGGCAGAUGAGGUCGGAUUAUGGCCUGACGAACAAACAGAAGCCGACCCUGUACAUCGCCUGUGCAGAUGCGAAGAUGUCCGGCGUGUUGUCAUCAGCGGCCCGCGAUAUUCAAACCCUGAGCUACUCAUCAGCUGUGAAUGUCGUGGGGGAGGGAGCGCCAUUGCCAAAGGGGUGCAGCGCUGCGGUGCUGGAUGCAACGACGAGCUUACACAUUGAGCUCACUGGGAUCCUUGACCCAAGCAAGGAGCUCGCGAGGCUGCGCAAGAAGAUGGGAGAAGCGGAGGCCGCCAAGGAACAGCUCAACAAAAAGAUGCUCAUGCCGUCCUAUGCGGAGAAGACGCCAGAGAGCGUCAAGAGCGAAAAUGUGGAAAAAUUGGCGAAGAAGGAGAGCGAGAUUGACAGCAUACGGAAGUGCAUAUCGACGAUGGAGGAAAUGGUGGAGGGAGCCUCCUAG